GGGUUGUGGCCACGCGCAGCGGCGGCGGUUGUUCCGCUUCCCCUCCGGCCCGGGCCGUCGCCAUUGCCGAAGGCUCCCUCCCCUCCCCUCCCUGGCGGCCGCAGGGCUCCGCCGCCGCUGGGCCUAGCGGUAGCAGCGGCUGCUCCAGCGCGGCGUCUCUUCCCGCCCCGCUUCCCCUUCCCUCCCCUCCCCUCCCCGCGCCGCGCGCUGGCCCGGGGCGGCUCCGCAGCUCGCCGGGAGCUCUGACCGAGGCGCCUCGCUGGGGCGGGGACCUUGCCUCGCCUUGGACGGAGUCUUGCUCUGUUGCCCAGGCUGGAGUGCAGUGGCAUGAUCUCGGCUCACUGCAAGCUCCACCUCCCGGGGUCAAGCGAUUCUACCUCAGUCUCCUGAGUAGCUGGAAUUACAAGCGAGCGCCACCAUGCCCACCUAGUUUUCGUGCUUUUAGUAGAGAUGAGGGUUCACCAUGCUGGCCAGGCCAUUUCAUAAUUCUGAAUCAUGUCUGAUAACGGAGAACUGGAAGACAAGCCUCCAGCACCUCCUGUGCGAAUGAGCAGCACCAUCUUUAGCACUGGAGGCAAAGACCCUUUGUCAGCCAAUCACAGUUUGAAACCUUUGCCCUCUGUUCCAGAAGAGAAAAAACCCAGGCAUAAAAUCAUCUCCAUAUUCUCAGGCACAGAGAAAGGAAGUAAAAAGAAAGAAAAGGAACGGCCAGAAAUUUCUCCUCCAUCUGAUUUUGAACACACCAUCCAUGUUGGCUUUGAUGCUGUUACUGGAGAAUUCACUGGUAUGCCAGAACAGUGGGCUCGAUUACUACAGACCUCCAAUAUCACCAAACUAGAGCAAAAGAAGAAUCCUCAGGCUGUGCUGGAUGUCCUAAAGUUCUACGACUCCAACACAGUGAAGCAGAAAUAUCUGAGCUUCACUCCCCCUGAGAAAGACGGCUUCCCUUCUGGAACACCAGCGCUGAAUGCCAAGGGAACAGAAGCUCCCGCAGUAGUGACAGAGGAGGAGGAGGAUGAUGAAGAGACUGCUCCUCCCGUUAUUGCCCCACGACCGGAUCAUACGAAAUCAAUUUACACACGGUCUGUAAUUGACCCUGUUCCUGCACCAGUUGGUGAUUCAAAUGUUGAUGGUGGUGCCAAGUCUUUAGACAAACAGAAAAAGAAGACUAAGAUGACAGAUGAAGAGAUUAUGGAGAAAUUAAGAACUAUUGUGAGCAUAGGUGACCCUAAGAAAAAAUAUACAAGAUAUGAAAAAAUUGGACAAGGGGCUUCUGGUACAGUUUUCACUGCUACUGACGUUGCAUUGGGACAGGAGGUCGCUAUCAAACAAAUUAAUUUACAGAAACAGCCAAAGAAGGAAUUGAUCAUUAACGAGAUUCUGGUGAUGAAAGAAUUAAAAAAUCCCAACAUAGUUAACUUCUUGGACAGUUACCUGGUAGGAGAUGAAUUGUUUGUGGUCAUGGAAUACCUUGCUGGGGGGUCACUCACUGAUGUGGUAACAGAAACCUGCAUGGACGAAGCACAGAUUGCUGCUGUAUGCAGAGAGUGUUUACAGGCGUUGGAGUUUUUACAUGCUAAUCAAGUGAUCCACAGAGACAUCAAAAGUGACAAUGUACUUUUGGGAAUGGAAGGAUCAGUUAAGCUCACUGACUUUGGUUUCUGUGCCCAGAUCACCCCUGAGCAGAGCAAACGCAGUACCAUGGUCGGAACGCCAUACUGGAUGGCACCAGAGGUGGUUACACGGAAAGCUUAUGGCCCUAAAGUUGACAUAUGGUCUCUGGGUAUCAUGGCUAUUGAGAUGGUAGAAGGAGAGCCUCCAUACCUCAAUGAAAAUCCCUUGAGGGCCUUGUACCUAAUAGCAACUAAUGGAACCCCAGAACUUCAGAAUCCAGAGAAACUUUCCCCAAUAUUUCGGGAUUUCUUAAAUCGGUGUUUGGAAAUGGAUGUGGAAAAAAGGGGUUCAGCCAAAGAAUUAUUACAGCAUCCUUUCCUGAAACUGGCCAAACCGUUAUCUAGCUUGACACCACUGAUCAUGGCAGCUAAAGAAGCAAUGAAGAGUAACCGUUAACAUCACUGCUGUGGCCUCAUACUCUUUUUUCCAUUUUCUACAAGAAGCCUUUUAGUAUAUGAAAAUUAUUACUCUUUUUGGGGUUUAAAGAAAUGGUCUGCAUGACAUGAAUGAAAGAAGCAAAUGACUAUUCUCUGAAGACAACCAAGAGAAAAUUGCGAAAAGAAAAGUAUGACUUUUAUGUGAACCCCUUAGGGUCCAAAAGGAAUUGUGUACUGAAUCGCUAGCCUUAGGUCUUUCAGCAAACAGCCUAUCAGGGCCGUUUAUCGUGUGUGAGAUUUGCAUUUUACUUGCUGACUUUGUUGUAAUAGAUCCCAUUCAUUGUCUCCUUUGGGGUAUUUCCAAUACUUGAACGGCAGAUUGGAGUUUUCCAGAGUAUUCGUUUCAUCUGCUAGUCUUUCUCUCCUUCGUAGCUUUCCUUUCCCUGGACUGGCUCCUUUUGAGUUGCUUUUGAGUUUCUCAUGCCUAGACAAGUGUAAUAGAAAUUAUGCAGCUCCUUAUGUUGGCAAAGGAGCUCUAUAUAGUUUCACUUUGUAUAAAAGUUAGGACCAGCUGUUGUUACAUGUAAUAUUUUAGUUCAGAACUUGACGUGAAGGAAGGGAAGAAAAAAUAUGUGAUUUUUACCUUUUUUAACAAAUGUGAAAAAGUCAAUUUUAGAAAUUUCGUGGUAGUAAGUUUGGCAUUUGUUACAUGUAUAGAGAGAAGACUAAUAAUCUCUAUUUAUAGCUAAAUCAUUGAGAUAGAAAAAGAUUCCCAUUGACCGUACACUUCUUCCCAUUUUGUCUUCCCUUCUGCCUGUUUCCCCUUCAGGUUUGGCUCUAGGAACCAAAGUGAUUUGUUCUUGUUCCAGCCUGGGCUUUAUGACUUUGGUUAGUGCCACUACCUUCCUCUUCCCUCCUCUCCCCCUUCAAUUUGGAAAUAAAUUUCUGUAUAUGUUGCAA